AUGGCCCUGUACACAGUUCUUGUCAUGUUGAGCCUCCUGCCGCUGUUGGAAGCUCAGAACCCAGAACAUGCCAACAUCACCAUAGGAGAGCCUAUCACCAAUGAGACCCUGAGCUGGCUCUCUGACAAAUGGUUUCUCAUUGGUGUGGCUACCCGAAAUCUUGAGGUCUGGCAGUCAAUCCAAGAGGCACAGAUGGUAUUUCUUUACCUUACCUUCAACUUGAUAAAAGAAACGAUGGAGAUUCAGGUGUAUGAAACCAUAGGUGACCAGUGUGAAUAUUCCACCACCCAUCUGGGAUUCCAGAGAGAGAAUUCGACCCUCUCCCUGUAUGAAGGAGGAAAAACCUUUGCCCACCUGAUAGUGCUGAAGAAACAUGGGGCCUUCAUGCUUGCCUUUAACGUGAAGGAGGACAGGAAAAGGGUGCUGACUCUCUGUGCUAAAAAGCCAGAUGUUACCCCAGAGCUGCGGGAAGUAUUCCAGAAGGCUGUCAUACACAUGGGCAUGGAUGAAUCAGAAAUCAUAUUUGUCAACUGGAAAAAGGAUAAGUGUGGUCAGCAGGAGAAGACACAGCUUGAGCUGGAGAAGGAGACCAAGAAAGAUCCUUAG